AUGAAGGGCAUCAAACCACCUAUGUUACAUGGGUCGCUAUGUUGGGCGAUGAAAAAAGCACAAGAGAAAAGUGGAUGUAGCAUAAAUAAGGAUGUUGAGAUGGUAUGUGGCUGUACUCUGUUUGAUAGAAUAUUGGAUGAGGUUUUUCAAGCUGAGCUAAGAGUCGCACCAAUAUCAUACAAAUUGAGAAGGAAGGCUAAGUCUGACACCGGUGAUAAGCUAAAUGCUAGUGUCUGGAUAAGGAAAGAUAAAACUACUUAUACCGGUGCCAAACCGGAUUGGCCGCCGGUGGGAGAUCGGGCUGUCCUCAGGUCAGUGAAGGGAAUCGCCGGCGGAGGACAAACCACCAUGGACGGCAUUGGCGGAGCCAUAACCACAGCUAUAGCAAUUGAUAAAGAUAAAAACAGCCAAUAUGCAGUUAAAUGGGCUCUUGAGAACGUCGUCCAGAAGAUGUCCUGUGUUGCCCUUCUUCAUGUCGUCACUCAAACCACUUUACCUCAUGAUGCUGGGAUGGGCAAGGAUGGUCGCCCCCCUACCCAAGAUGAAAUGCAACAGUUUUUCCAUCCUUUUCGUGCAUUUUGUGCUCGCAAAGGGGUUAGAACAAAGGAGGUUGUUCUCCAGGAUUCAGAUGUUCCGAGUGCAAUUGUUUUAUACAUCAUUAGGAACGCCAUAAGCCAUCUCGUGGUUGGUUCCCCAUCCCGGACAGGUCUAACCAGGGCAUUCAGAAGCAGUUCAGAUGUGGCUAGCAACUUACAAAGAUCCUUACCGGACACUUGUAAUCUUUAUGUGGUUUCUAAAAAAAAAAAUCAAAAAAUGAAAUCUGCGACUCAGACUCCUACCUCCAACACCUUCUUUGUAUCAACAAAAGCAACACAGAGCUCGUUGGGAGAAACGGAUUUCCGGAGCAAAUCCGAUUCUAGAGCCAGGUUCAGGAGAUCAUCAUUUGCAAGAACCACUGGGAGACGGUUGGAUUAUAGUGAUUUUAUGCUCACGGUUCCCAGAGACGAGUUCUCAGAAAGUACGACUCCACCAGGAGAGUUUGAAACUAGUCCCAAUAAUCAGCUGCAUGGUCAGAUCACACAAAGACCAAGUCUUGACGGAAGAUCUGACCUCAGGGGUUUUGGGCCACUUGGCUCCAAAGCCAACAUGUCUUACGAGAUUUUAGACAAAUCACGGAUAUUAGAUGCUUCUGGGCUGUCCAUCUCUUCUCAAAAUGCGGAACUAGAUGAUGAAAUCUGGAGAUUAGAGCUUGAACUGAAGAGAACCAUGGACACGUAUCACUCAGCGUGCAAAGAAGCAGCAAAUGCUACACAAAAGGCAACUGAGAUCAAUCAACAGAUGUCAGCAGAAGGAUACCUCAAAUCCGAGGAAGCCAAGGCAGCGGAAGCUGCAUUAAGAGCUAUAGUGGAGAUGGAGAAACAGAAGAGCAAAGCUGCCAUAGAGGCAGCAGAAAUGGCCAAACGUCUUGCAGAACUGGAGACCCAAAAGAGAAGAAAGGCCGAACUCAAAGCCGAACACGAGGAAGCGGAAAGGAAGAACCUUAUGGUUAGGUUGACCCAAUGUACCAUUCAGUAUAGAAAAUAUAGUAUCGAAGACAUUGAAAUUGCCACAGAUUACUUCUCUAAUUCCUUAAAAAUUGGCGAGGGAGGAUAUGGACCUGUUUUUAGAGCCUAUCUGGAUCAUAUUGCCGUUGCCAUUAAGGUCUUAAGACCAGAUAUCUCACAAGGCCAAAUUCAGUUCCAAAAAGAGGUCGAGGUUCUAAGCUGUAUGAGACACCCUCAUAUGGUUCUCCUAUUUGGUGCCUGUCCAGAAUACGGCUGUCUUAUAUACGAAUAUAUGGAAAAUGGGAGCUUAGAAGAUCGCCUCUUUAGAAAAAGCAACACCCCACCAAUUCCAUGGAGGGUCCGUUUUAAAAUAUGCGUUGAAAUUGCAACCGCCCUUCAUUUCCUUCAUCAAACCAGACCCCAACCACUGGUGCACCGUGAUCUUAAACCUGGCAACAUUCUCCUGGACCGAAACUAUGUGAGCAAGAUCAGUGAUGUUGGGUUAGCCAGGUUGGUCCCUCCAGAAGUGGCUGAUGAUGCCACCCAAUAUCACAUGACGGCGGCUGCAGGGACAUUCUGUUAUAUCGACCCUGAAUAUCAACAGACAGGGCUACUGGGUACCAAAUCCGAUAUAUAUUCGUUUGGAGUGAUUUUACUACAGAUCAUUACUGCAAAGAGUCCAAUGGGGUUAACCCACCUGGUCUCGAGGGCCAUCAAGGAAGGGAACCUUUUAAAUGUUCUUGAUCAAGCCGUGACCGAUUGGCCGCUUGACGAUACACAGUCUUUGGCGAAAAUGGCUCUGCAAUGCUGUGAGUUGAGAAAGAAGGACAGACCUGACCUUGGUUCAGUCAUAUUGCCUGAACUGAAACGGCUUAAGGACCUUGGUGCAAAUAAUACUAAGUUGGAUACCACAUCACUCAUUUUUUCUACCGUAACGAGACAACAAAGUGGUGACAUGUCACACAUGCCACCAUAUGCACCUUAUUAG